AUGGAGGGAGAAUCUGUUAUCUUAAGCCCAGCGGCUCACUACGCUAUUGCCUUCAUCUACUUUAUGCUGUCGAUCGCUACAGUAAUACUUAAUUCAAUCGUCAUCCUUACCUUCAUAAUGGAUCGUUCGUUGCUGUUUCCUGCAAAUCUCGUGAUCCUCAGUAUAGCUGUAUCUGAUUGGCUAGUUGGAUUAGUGUCAGAACCAAUGGGUGGCUUUGCUAAUGCGUCGUCAAAUUUAGUGUUUAGCCAUAAAACCUGCCUCUUAUACGCGUUCAUCACCACCUUUUUUGGCCUGGGAACUAUGUUACAUCACGCCACGUUUGCAUUCGAUCGGUACUUGGUCAUUUCUCGACCAAUGAAAGCCCAACAUUCUGUUAGACGAGUCUUGGUAGUAAUUGCGCUUCUGUGGACCUUUGCCUUUAUUUGGAGCCUGUUUCCCCUGAUGGGAUGGUCCGCGUAUGGUCCCGAAGCAGGCGACAUUGCCUGCUCCAUCCGAUGGCAGUCAAGCCGUGCAACAGAUACCUCGUACAUUAUUUUCUUGUUCGUUUUUUUCUACUUCAUACCCCUGACCAUAAUCGGAGCUUCCUACAUCGCUAUUUUCAGAAACGUGCGGUACAUGACAAAGAAUGCUCAAAAAAUCUGGGGCGCUAACGCUGCUGCCACCCUAGAAACUGUGAAAGCCUCUUGGAAGAUGGCAAAAAUUGGUAUGAUCAUGGUCUUUGGGUUCUUCUUUGCGUGGACACCGUACGCCGUAGUAUCGUUUUACGCCGCCUUCGUUUCUGCUGAAGACGUCUCUAUUGUUGUCGCUGCCACCCCAGCGAUAUUUGCCAAGACGUCGACUUUAUAUAACCCCAUCAUAUAUUUCUUCACAUACAAAUCAUUUCGCGAAAGCCUGCUGGCAUCAUGGCGGCGAUAUCGAAACAGAAACAUGGUCCAGCCAUUCCACCAAGCCAGCGAAACAGGUUUUGUCGUCAGAUCAAGGGCGACCAGAGCCAAUGACACUUUUGCUUCUACUUCUGUGGAGGAAAUAACUUUGUAACUAGGAAAUUAACAUUGAAAUAAAGAAAGUAGGAUAUACUUUCAAGGGCGUACAUAGGGGGGUGGAUUGGGUGACUAGCCACCCCCUUUUAGAAAAGCCCACCAAAAAAAAUAUAUACGUGGAAAUACAAACGGAAAUACUUGGGCCCCCCAAAAUUUAGAAGUGCGUAGGUCCAAGAAAAUUAGGAACGCACUUUUUAAUGACUGUAAUGAAUUUCCUACUGAUCCCCAAAGUGGGUGAAAACAGACCUAUAAGGUUAAAUACGUCAAGAAAAAGAAAAUCAAUAAAAACUUGACAACCGACCCACGAGGCUCUACCGUAAACCAAAACAGGAACUUUCAUGUAGGUAAAAAUCAAGGUCAGCUAUAAUCCCAAACAUGCCAACUACAAGGAUUGACAAUCAAAUUUGAUUAAACCACAAGAUAAAUGUCACUUAUGUUGACAAACCCAUUACAAAGGCAACAACACUCAAAAACCUGUCGACAAAAAUACGGAUUAGCCUUGAUCUACAAACUUACCGUCAGGCACGAAAUUUUUGCAGGAGUUUAUUUUUGCGGAUUGGAGAUUUCUUGUGUUUUGCGGAAACGAAUUUUUGCGAUUAGGACAGAUUGGUUUUUCUAGCUGGCAAUUAACUGUUGCGAUUUUCAGAAAGUACCCAGUACCCAGCAUUGAUAAUAUUUUCGUUUUUAUUGAGUAUGUGCAAUAGAAAUACAUAUUUUCAAAAAUAAACCGGUAUUUCGUAGUUUCUGAAUGAAAGAGACAAGUUGUGAUUGAACAGACACGAUUUCUUAGUACUGUAUUUUUGGAUAGCGAAUUUAAGUUGGAGAAUAUUUCCUCUGGAAUAAAUUUUUGCGGGAAUAAUGUUUGCGGUAAUCUUUAUCUGCGGGAACUUACUUUUGUGCAUCGCUGGAAAAACCGCAAAAAUCGCAAAAAUUAGAACCCGCAAAAAAUUCUUGCUACGCGGUAGUCAUAACGAGACUCAAGGCACGAGAGAUAAUUCAGGUGUGACACAAAUUCUCAAAAUAAACUAGUAAAUACUUUACAUAAAAGAUAUAGAAAUGGUAGUGGUGAAGGCAGUGUUAGUGGUACUGUUAGUGGUUUUGGUAGUGGUAAUGGUAUUGGUAUUGUUGUUAGUAGUGUAGUAAUAGUAGUCUUGAUAGUAGUGGUAGUAGUAGUAAUAGUAAUAGUAAUAGUAAUAAAUUGCUUUAUUUGCAUGACCACAUCAUUUUAUAGUAUUGCAAAAGCAUGCAUAUGACAAUCAAAAUAUAAAACAAACAGCACUAAUAAUAAUCUAGAAAAAUUUAGUUACAUUACUAACAAUGAAUCACGUAUUUUCAUACAGGAGGAAACAAACUUCAUAACUAACUUAUUUACAUGAUGUUCCUUCGAAUUCAUUAUCAGUUUUAUGCUUUCUGGAGAUAAUUUCUUGUCAAAGUCAGGUAUUAUUCGAUUGAUUUGAUUAAUAAAUGCCUGUCUCUGUACUGAGUAUUUGUUACAUUGAAAGAGGAAAUGAAUCUCAUCUUCUACCUGAUUUGAGUUACAUAAGGGACAUAAUCUAUUUUCUCUUGGCAAACGAUCGAUUUGGUAUCGACCAUGUAGUAGUAGUAGUAGUAGUAGUAGUAGUAGUAGUAGUAGUAGUAGUAGUAGUAGUAGUAGUAGUAGUAGUAGUAGUAGUAGUAGUAGUAGUAGUAGUAGUAGUAGUAGUAGUAGUAGUAGUAGUAGUAAUAGAGUUGUGGUUGUUGUU